UCCGGAAAUGUUUAGUUUCUCCCGCACGUUGUUCGUGGGAAAAUAAUUAUAAAACUAUUAUUUCAUUUAAUAGAUGUUAAUUUCAAUUGAUAAAAUAAUUAAUUUCUGUCAUGAGUUGAUUGAGAAAUUAAAUUAAGUGAAUUUUUGAAAUGAGAAAAAAUUCAUAGGUUUUUUUUUUUUUUUUUUUUUCCUCAGUGAGUGAUUGUGUGUUGAGAGCGCUGGCGCGCAAACGUUGAGCGGCCAUAUUUUCUCUCGUGGCCUCGUUUUAAGUCGCGCGGUGGUGCAGCAGUGACAAUUUGGAAUGAAAUUAUUACGUCUAAAUCAAUUACCGCGUGUUAAUUAGUAACAAGUGAGGGGUGCGAUCAUGGCCAAGGGGAGUAACAAUGUAUCUGGAAGACGGUCACAUGGAGGAAAGCCAUACGAUCCAAACAACUCGUUCGUCAAAAAAGUUGCUACAAAGGUAACGGAUUUAAUACCUCAGCGAUCUUGGAUUAGUAAAUGGUUUAAUAGUUCCGAGGAUAAUGGCGAUGUGUUAAAUAAUUCCGAGAACGCUGAAUGUGAAGAAACAACAGAGGAAGUACAACAACCACCACCUGCAAAACGUCCACGUAUACGUAUGGAUGUUAUUCAUCCACCUGGAACAUUUAAUAUUCAAAUAAAAAAUAAAUCUUCUUUAAAUAAAGUCGACGAAACCAUUCCUAAUCACGACGAAACGAAUGAAGAUUUCGUCGAACCAUUGGCAGCUGGACCAAGUGGAUUAAGACGCUUGGUAUCAUCAACGCCAGCUAUUCAAAAUGAUGUUAGAAAUCCAGUGACGCAAAGAUCAGAUUUAAAUUCAUUGAAUCAACCUCAAGACAAUGGAGUUAUUAACGAAGCUGAUGAUAAUUCUGAAUCAAGUGAAAGUACCAGCGGAUGUAGUUCUUUAAUUCCACAAAAUAAUAGGCAAGAGCCUCCAUCAAAUACGAGCUUUGCAUCUUCAUUCACUAAUAAAAAGAGAUUCAUGGACGAUAAUAAAAUGAAUUACACAAAUCAUUUGCAGUCGCCUAGAUCUCUUUUCUUAGACACAAGCAAUCGUGACUCGCUCAGCAGUCGCAAACCUAGUUUUAAUUCAUCAAUUAUGAGUAACAAUAUUGAACGUUCAUCAUCUCUUGCCUCACCUUUUUACUCCGGUAAUGUUACUUUUGGCGGAGCAAAUGCUGUUGGCCUUUAUAAACGCACUCGAAGUCUCUUUAAUUCCAAUAAUGAGUACAAGCUUAAAGUUCCUAGAAGAACAAACGUCCAGGUGAAACCUUUCAAUAAUGGAAAUAUUGAUUCCUCCGGAAUGAGUCAAACGGCAAAGAGAAUAUUGGAUGCAUUGGAACAUUUUUCCUCACCAGUUAUUGAUGCGAAAAAAAUUCCCAUUAAAAAUGCAACAAAUUUGAUGAAUUCAGGUGGUACUAAACGACCAAGAGAGGAAGUGAUGACAUCGCCGAGAGUUGGUCUUCGUCAUAGAGCACAACAGCUCACUGUACCAACGGUGCCAGAUUUAUUAAAAAUAAGAAGACGACAAAGAUUACAAGACACAACGCUCGCUGCAAGAAAUAUUGUUUCUGCUCACAGUGCAGCACCAACAAUUUCUGAAUAUCGUAUUCGAACGGACUCUGAUGAGGAUAUGAAAUUCCGCGGAAAAGUUCGAGUGAAAUCAAAAACAAAUCAAUUGGAUGAAGAAACUGUUGAACCAGUUAAUCUUCCAACAAUUGCAUUACCAAUUUCCACAUUACCACGAUUUGACAUUGCCCUACCUCAAUAUACAAAACAAAUUGACAAUGUUGACAAGGAUGAUUCAUUUAAAUUUGCUAGUCCGAUAAAAGUGAUCAGUACCACGAAAUCAUUAUCCUCCGUUACUGAUUUUACAUUCAGCAAUCCAUUAAACGCUAAUACAAAUAUAAAUACAAAACAAGAUGGCAAUGAUUUGAAUAGCUCGUCAAGAACAUUGAGCAUUGAAUCGAAUGAUUCAUUUUUGGGUUCAACUGCAACGAAUUUUAUGUGGUCCGGCUCAACAGCACCGAGACCAAAGGAAAAAUCAUCAUUUAGCGAACCACCAAUUUCAAAUUCCACCGUUGAACUUAAAUCCGGAAGUGUUGUUGAUUUUUUGAAGGAACUUAAUAGUAAAACAGUACAAGAAAGUGAAAAAAUGGAGGAAACAAAUACAAAUGAUAUCACUGCAAUUGACACUUGGGAAUGUUCGGAAUGUUUAAUAAGAAAUGAAAAUACAACAAAUUGCAUUGCUUGUAAAUCAUUAAAACCAGAUAGUAAAAUUAAAGAACCACCACGUGUUUCAAAUACAAUUUCACAAAUUAAACCAAUUGAAAACGAUUGUUUUGGCUCACAAUUCAAAUUAUCAUCAGGUCAAUGGGAAUGUAGUAGUUGUUUAGUGAGAAAUAAACAAACAGACGAUAAGUGUGUUUCAUGUACAGCAUCAAAACCAGGGGAAAAAAUUUCAAUUGAAACGGAUCUUUUGAAAAAAUUCAAACCCGCCAGUGAUUCUUGGGAAUGUUCCGGUUGUAUGGUACGAAAUAAUGGAAACGUUACAACAUGUCCAUGUUGUUCGACGGCAAAACCAUCGAAUUCUAAAAGCGAAGUGAAAUCAGAAAAUAGUUUAAAAGAAUUCACAUCAUCAAGCAAUACCUGGGAGUGUCCGUGUUGUAUGGUACGAAAUGCAAAUAACGUAACCGUGUGUCCAUGUUGCAAAGCAAUGAAACCAGGAAGUUCAAUAAAUAAACCCGAGGAAAUUAAAUCAACGCCCGUUAUUAUUGGUUUUGGUGAUAAAUUUAAAACACCCGCCGGUUCAUGGAGUUGUGAUUCCUGUUUAUUAUCGAAUAAAUCCGAUGCUAAUGAGUGUAUCGCCUGUACAACACCAAAACCAGGAACGGAGAAGAAAAAUUCACAAUUUAGUUUCGGUGCACCAUCAAAGGACAGUGGUUUUAAAUUUGGUAUCGAUAAACCCGAUACUCAAACAACAGAAUGUAGUUUUACAUUUGGAGUAAAACCAGCGGUUAGUAAUGAGAAAUUUUCAUUUGGUAUUCAAAAAGUCGAUAAAGAUGCAAGUGAAUCAUUUACCUUUGGUGAGAAAAACAAUGAAAAAACGCCGAGUGAAAAACCGACAUUUACAUUUGGUAUUCAAAAACCAGAGGAGAAAAAAGAACCCGAGGUACCUGUAGUUGAAAAAGAAAAGCCAUUCACUUUUGGUGUUAAUUCCACGGAAAGUACAAGUGGUUUUAAAUUUACAUCACCAAGUUCCAAACGUCCAGCCGAUGACGAUGAAGUUAAAACGAAAAAAGUAUUUGGCGAAUCAACAUUUUCGACUGCAGUGACAAGUACAAAUCAAAUUACACCUAGUUUUUCAUUUACAUCUUCUGCUCCUGUUUCGACGGUAACAACAACAACAACAACAUCGACAGUAGAACCAGUAGCGGCAGCAACAAGUCUUCCACAAUUUAGUAACACGACUUUUAGUUUUUCUGAUCAAAAUAAAACAACAACAACGUUUGGAAUACAACCGGCGUCAACGUUCACGUUUGGUGUGAAUAAAACCGAAACACCUGCGGAAAAGAAACCAUUGCUUUCUUUUUCAAGUACCACUGGUUUUGGAUCAACGGUCCCUGCGUUUGGAAAAACUGAAACUGCGCCUUUGCCAUCGUUUGGAACUUUGGAGAAGAAAACACCUCUCUUUGGAGCACAGGAGAAAAUUAUUGGAUUUGACAAGGAAAAGCCGGCAUUUGGAACCACCGCUGAGAAGAGUAUCCCGACUUUUGGAACCGCUAGUCCAGCGCCACUUUUUCCUUCAGCAUCCUUUGGAACUACAACACCUUCCUCGCCUUUUGGAGCAUCAACUGCUCCAAUUUUCGGCAACAGUACUAAUAACAAUGCUUUUGGUACAUCAGCGACUGUAUUUUCAGGUAGCAAACCAAACGAAACAGAUAAUACAGCAGCUCCGGCUUCGAAUCUUUUCACUUUUGGCUCGACAACAACAUCAACGAAUAGUGGUUUUAAUUUCUCAACUGGAAAUUCAACAACAACAUCAACAACAAAAGCAGCUCCUGUUUUUGGAUUCGGUGCUGCUGCUGCUGUUUCUACUCCGGCAAAUACAACACAGGGAAAUAAUUUUGGUACAAGUACGUUUAAUACAUCGACGUCUGUUGCUCCAGUGCAAUCUGGUUUUUCGUUUAAUGCACCGAAACCAGAGGCACAACAACAACCACCACCACCGGCUUUUGGACAAACUGUACCGACGCCAGCUUUUGGUGCAACACAACCACCACCACAACAACAACAACCAUCUUUCUCGGGAGCUGGAACAUCAAACACUGGAUUCAAUUUUGGAAGCGCUGCACCUGCCGCAUCAUCUAGUGGAUUUAAUUUCGGUGGAAUGAAUCAAACAUCAGCUCCAGCACCACCAAGUGGUGGAUUCAAUUUUAAUGCUCCAAAUUCAGUGUCAUUUAAUUUCACUGGUGGAAAUCAACCAACAACAUUCAACGCUACACCAAAAUUGCCACAAACUCAACGAAAAAUCAAAACAGCGAGAAGAAGAAUGACACCACGGUAGACAAGAAAAUUCAUUGGCUGAGAAAUGUGACGAAAAUCCAGGUGCGUGUAUUCUGUGUCCGCAUUUAAAAACAAAAAAAAAAAACAGUAAUUUACCAUCUUUGGCGGACAAAUUUUUCUCGCGAUGGAAUUUAAAAGAUUUAAAAAAAAAAUUGGUGGUACUUCAAGCAGCAUUUGUAUUAUAUUUGUGUUGAUGACUUGUGCUUCAGUACUACCGCUUGUGUGUUCCAGAAAGAGAAAGAAAGAAAGAAAGAAAAAAAAAAUGAAGCUAGAUCUAGCGAUUUAAUAAGAAGCAAUGAAAAAAGAAAGAAAAAGAUACGAACGAAAGUGCGCUAAAGAACGAGCAAAAGAGAGAAUUUUUGUAAAUUAUAAAUUAUUUAAUUAUAUUAAUAGCAAUCAAUGUUUUUGAGAUUGAACAAUUCAUAGUCAGUUUUAGUAAUGAUAAAGGAAACGGGAGUUAUCAAAAAAAAAGGAACAAAUUUUAGAAAAUCAGGACUACUGCAAACAGAAUAGAUACAUCACUGUGACGCAGUAUUUAAAAAAAAAUUGUCAUUUUUUUGCUUUCAAGGACCGCUUCAAGAUUCGUGUGCAAUUUGUUAGCGGGGGAAAAAUCUCAACCUGCUCAGGUAAGUAUAAGUCCUUCAUACUGCUCGCAAGUGAAUUUCGGGGAGAAAAAAAAAAUUAUUCCUUCUAUCCUCCCAACUCUCUGUCUCGAGAUAAUGAUUAAUUGUUAUCGGGCCUUUCGUUCAAAUAUUUUUUUUUUUUUUUUUUGACUGAUCUGUGAUUAAUGCUCUGUUCUUUACCUCUCGUACAUGAGACAAAUUUUUGUCCGUACAAUUUAAGAGACUCUUUAAAGACGUUGAGCAUAAAAAGCCUCGUCAUUUUUUUUUUAAAAAACCACGAAUUUUCUCAACAAAAAAACUCGAGGGGAAAAGAAAAUUCCUCUCAUAUAGUCGAUGUAUCUAAAAACAAAACCCUUAAAAGUUGUGAGUAACGUGAAGUGACUGUAUAUCAGUGGAAUUCCACUAAACGUGUAGGAACAUAAACUCAGAAAAAAAAAAAGUUUACUAUAUUAUAUAUAUUUUAGCUAGGAUCUCGGGAACGGCCCUACAAAAAUCACGUAGCGCUGAUCCACGAACGUUGUAAGAUAUACGUUAAUUUAAUAAAAAAAAAAAAAAGAAAAAAUGGCAUUCGGAUAGUACAAAAGAAAAGAAAUGAAAAAAAAAAAAUUACGGAAAAUGUUUCCGCCUGUUUACUUGAAAUUGUAUAUUUUUUUUAUAUCCUUAGGAAAUAAUCCUAUAUAAGAGAAUAAUUACUGAAUGCCAUUUUAUGCUAGGCUUGUAUCUUGAUUAAUAUAAGAAUGCUGUGUAUUUUAUCAUAGUAUGAGUGAAAUUAAAAUAACGAAAAAAAAAGCCGUGGCUAAAAUUACAAUCAAUUAUAUAUUUAAAAAAAAAAAAACAAAAAAAAACAACGGGGCUUCUAAAAAUGAACUCUUACUCUUGUUUAAAUUAAUAAAAUAAAAACAUUACGUUCUCUUAAUAUAUAAUUUUUUUUAAACUACUUUCUUUUUUAAUUAAUUUUAUAAUGAAAAAAAAGAUCUUAUAAAAUUAAUUGGAAAAUAAAACAGUUUUAACGAAAAGUAAAUAUUUAAUUUCUUUUUUUUUAUCAUUGAUUAAUUAACAGAGCGUAUAUGACUACAAUUUUUUUGUUUUAUAUUCAUGAUUAAAGAUAGUUAUAUAUAUUUAUCGGAUCAUCUUUUUUUUUUCGCAUGGUGUCCAGAUAAUUUAGAAAAGGGGAGGAAAAAAAAAAAUAAUAGUAUUUAAGUAUUAUGAUUUAUUUAGCGUUAUGAAAUUUUUUUUUCACUAAUUCUUUAUAUAAUUUUAGAUUAUUUUCUUUAAGAGAAAUAGAAAAUGAUAUAUUUUAAUUUUUUUUUUUUUUAACUACGAAAAGGUGAAAAAAAAAAAUUAUGAACACAAUUCCAUGUUAUAUCUAUUUAAGAUCUUUAUCGAUAAUGAUAAUGAUAUUUGAUUGAUUUGAAUAAAGCGUUUACUUACAAUCUGUAAAAAAAAAUCUUACAUUUUUUUUUCGUAUAUUUUUUAUUAUUUUGUCUGUAAUAAAAAAAAACCCCUUUGAGUUCUGUACUUGUUUCAGAAAAUGAAUUAUUUUUUUUAAAUUUAUAAAAACAAUUUUCUUUUUUGAUUUGAUAAAUUAUAAUAUUUAAUAAGACAAUUUUUUUUUUAUCGUGUCGACAGUCAAAUUUCUAGGAAAUUAAUAAUUUUAAUAUUUUUUACAUUACCGUUGUUUAAUGAAGAAAUAAUUGUUUCUUAUUUAUAAAUUUAUAUUGUAAACAAUAUUUUAAUUAUAUUAAACUAUUUUCAGUAUUAUUAUUUUACAAAAAUGGAGAAUAGUUUAUAUAUUUUUUUUUUUUAAAUAUUUUCACAUAAAUUAUUAUUUAUCACUUUAUAUUGAACGAAAGUUUUUUUUUAAUAGGAAAAAAACCUGUAUUUAAUUUGAAAUUUAAAAUUUUUAAAAUGAAAUUAAAACGAAAAUCUGGAUACCAUGUUUUUAAUUGAAGCAUUUUGUCCGGAAAAUUGAAAGGAUUAUUUUUUCUAAAUACGGAUUUAAAUUUUUACAAACAAAAGAAAUUUAUGUAAUCUAUUUUUUUUUUUUUUUUUAAAUAAAAUGAGUCGUAUUUUUAUACAAAUUUCAAUUUUAUAUUCAUAUUUUAUUAUUUAAAAAAAAUCAUUAAUUUCCAUAUGUGAAUAUUGACAUUUCUUUUCUUUUUUUUUUUUUUUUUUGACAGGGUUUUUUUUAAAGCUGUGAAACAAUGGGAAAAAAAUUUUCUUUACAAUAGAAAAAUAUUUGCAAUUGUUGAAUUUUUACAUGCAAUGAGCAAUCCAUUGAGUGAUAAUGUUAAAUAAUAUUGUAAAAGACUUAGAAUUUAAGAAAAAAGAAAAAAAAAAAAAAAAAAAAGAGAAAUUGGAUGAUAUUGAGAGUCGCACACAUAUUUCUUUUUAGAAGUCCCAAAAAAAAGGCAAAGUAGUUAGGCAAUGGUGAUUAGGCGAUUAAACUUGAAAAAAAAAAAUUUGAAAAAGUUUAUUCGCCUUUCACUUCUCUUAUUUAAAAUUAAGAUAUAGUUGUAAUGUUAUGUCUCUAGUGUUGGCUUAAUUUAUAUUGACAGUGGCCAAAAAUAACUCGGCACAUGAUCCACAAUUCCGCCAUAAUCUAGAUUAAGUACAAAAAAAAAAACAAAAAUCUGUUUACAUUUUUCUAACAAGUAAAAGUUUUCAAUUUUGUAACGUUAAUUUUAAUUAUUAUUUUAAUUAAUAUAGAAAAUUGAUAAAGAAAAAAAAGAAAAAAAUUAUGUUCAAUAAUUGAAAACUUUUUUAAUGCAAGUUUUUAUCGUGUAGUUUUUUUUAUUUAUUACUUAAAAUAAGCUCGAGUCUUAUACAUUGCUCCCAUAAAGAAAUUUAAAUCUAUUUUGAAAAAAAAAUUAAAUUCAAAAAAUUGAGCUUUAUUUAUAAUUUUUUUCUUUGUUGGAGCGAUGUCGAAUUUUUGAAGAUGAAUUAUUUUCUUGUCUCGAAUCCAAUACUCUUUUUUUAAUAGUCAAAUCGAAUUUAUAUAGUAAAUUUCUAAAGAAAAACUAAGUUACCAAUGUUAAUUUCAACAAUCGUACAAAAUAUUUUUUUUAAAUGGAAGUGCAUUUUUUUUUUUUUUUUUUAUUUAUUUUGCUUCACAUAUUUUUCUCUUUCACUUGAAAAAAAAAUUAUUUACAAAUUUUUAAUCUAGAUUUUAGAAUAUUUUAGUUUUAUUUUAUAAAAAUGAUAAAAUGGACAAAAUGUUAAAUAAAAAUAAAAAUACAAAUUUGUUGUUAAUAUUUGUACUUCCAUUUUCGUCCAUCUUAAAAUAAUUUGAGUUUAUUGUAAUAUAAAUAAAAAAAAAAAGGGAAAAAAUGAAAAUGAGUAAAUGAAGUAAAAUUGCGCUGAGUUUUUUUUGAAUGUCUUACUGUCUUACACCGUGAACAUUCUCUGGCAAGGCUGUGUCGUCUAUAAAAAAAAAAAAAAAAAAAAAAAUCCUGUUACUCAAAACAGGAAAAGAAGAAUUUCCAAAUUGAUCGAUAUGUGCGGACUACAUAUCGAUCUGCUUCGCAAAGCGAUGCAUUUUUGCAUAAAUAUUUUAUGGCCUUAAAAAUAAAAAAAAAAAAAAAAAAAAAAGAAGCGCAUCACUUGUACGUGAUAAAUCAUAAUCAAGAAAGCGUAUAUUGGAAUUGUUUUGUAGCAUUUUAUACUCUCCAUUGUAAUACGUUUUUAAUAUAGAGAAAAAAAAAAAAACAUUCAAAGCAAUCACUCAGAAACGAUUUUAAAUGAUGCUUUAAAUUUUGCACUCUCGAGAGUUUUCGAUUAUAAAAUUCAAGGAGAGUAAUUUUUAAAUUUCAAAAAUUUGAUAAAUUCAAUAAAAAAUUAUUUUUGCUUAAUAUUUUUAUGUAAAUCGAAGAUUCUUGAGUGUAUUUAUUAGUGGGCAUCGUAUAAUCAGAGGCCUUAUUAUGAUCUUAGAGUCGAUCGAAAGAAAAAAAAAAUCCAUGAAUCAAUACGAAUUUUCACAAAUAAUGUGCAUCGAUAGCACAAAAAAUCAUAUUUAAAAGAAAAGAAAUGAGAGUUUGUUAUGAAAUAAAUCCAAUGACUGAUUGUAAUUAAUUAAAUAAAUGAGAGAAUGUUCACUGUAUGCUUCCGGUGCUGUGGAAAAGAAAUGUCUCCACAAGGUGUAAUGGUACAUAAUGUCUAAAAAGAAAAAAAAAAGAAAAAAAAAAAUUCAACUGAUGUUUCCCCACGAGAUAGCAAUGAAUAUUUUUUAUUUUAGAAAAUAAUUUUGUUGAUUUUGUAUUUUAAUUUAUAGACAAUCUAUAAUUAUUAUGUAUGUUUUUUCGAUAGAAAAAAAUUAUUAGAUUAAAAAUCGCGAAAAUUGAUCCUUUUUAAAAAUAUUUAGAAAAUAUUGAUUUUUUAACAAAUGUUUUUAAAGAACUUUCAGAUUUUUUUCUCGAUUUUUUUAAAUAGGAAAAUAUUUUUUUAAAAAAUAAAAUAUAGUUUCGUUUUCCUGAAUUAUUAGGUUUUUUUUUUAUUUAUAAAUCUGAAAGUUUGAAAAAGAAAAACUUUGUUUUAAUAAAAAAAAAAAACUCUUUUUAAAAAGAGAAAAAAAAGGUGAUUAGCAAAUAAUUAUAUCGUCGAGAAACAUCAUGUUAGAGUAUUAGAUUAAAAUUAUAAUUAUCACCUCUGUACCGAUUAUAAUUAGGAAAUGUUUACCAUGGAAGUUGAUUAUAUAUAUUUUUUUUGUUUGUAAUUUUAUUAUAUUUUAGACUUGAUUUCUAGGGGAAAAAAAAAAAAUUAUCAUUAAACGUUCGGAGGUUUGGACCAAAGAAUUUUGCAAUUUUUGCACAUUUAAAAAGUACCGACUUUUCCGCGGGUCCUUUUUCUAUUUUUUUUUUUUGUUUUCUUUUUUUUUAUAAUAAUGUACGUGUACAAAUCGAAUAAUAGGAAUUUUAAAUAAAAGAUGAAAAAAAUUGCGAUUAGUGUAAUAGAAAUUCUUUGGAUCAUACCGAAAGUGAGAGAGAGAGAGAGAGAAAGAGAAAAAGUGUGUAUGAGAAAAAUUAAGAGAAUGUGUGAGAUUAAGAAAUGUAUGAAAUUUAAUAAAUUGAUCUAAAGUAGAUAGGUAUUUUUUUUUCUUGGGAUUCUUAUUAGUAAAAUAAUGUUUUUAUUAAUCAGUUUCUCUCUUUUUACUUCGCUCAGAAUUUCUGUAACUCACUGACAGUUCCUCAAUGAAAUAUAAUAAUACAGAAGUGAGAAGUCUA